AUGAUGCAUACGUUGACCUCGUUUGGUUCGCUGAAACGACGAUUUUAUAUUAUUUUUGUUGACUCGAGUGCGAUCAUCAGUGUUUGUAUUGAAGUCGCAUAUCAAUGGCAAUAUACUGUUUCGUGGCGCUCCAAGAAGCAUAAAAUGUUGGGUAAAAGAAGAAAACUCUCGUCUACAAUCAUAAAUGAAAACAAUAAGAAAACGAAUGCGGUUGCAAAAAAAGUUCGUGAAGGAGCUCUUUACCAGUAUACCGAAAUCAUUUGCCAGGAAAAUGAUCAUGCUCGAGGCACUCGUCUGUAG